AUAACCUUGACAAGCAAUUUCUUAGCAAGAAAUGGAUUGGAUGGAUCCUCUCACUGUGUUGUUCCUAUUUGCCCUUAUACUUGCAUUCCUUCGGGAAAUGAAUGAUUUCUGGAAGAGCAGUAGCCAAAAGCUUCCACCAGGACCACGCCCAUUACCACUCAUUGGAAACCUUCACUUACUGGAUCUGAAGAGGCCUUACAGAACCAUGUUAAAGUUCUCUAAACAAUACGGCCCUGUCUUCAGGCUCCAGUUUGGAUUCCAGAAAAUGGUGAUUCUGGCGGGCUACAAGACUGUGAAGGAAGCUUUGGUGAACCAGGCAGAUGCCUUUAUGGACAGGCCCGUGAUCCCAGUGUUUGAAGAGUAUGAUCGUGGCAAUGGUCUUGUUUUUUCUAAUGGUGAGAACUGGAAAGUGAUGAGGCGGUUUGCGAUAAGCACGUUAAGGGACUAUGGGAUGGGCAAGAAGACCAUAGAAGACAGAGUUGUUGAGGAGUGCCAUUUCCUAAUACAGAAGUUCGAAACUUUUGAAGGAAAACCAUUUGAGGCUACUACAAUCAUGAAUGCUGCUACUGCCAAUAUUAUAGUGACCAUCUUACUUGGCAAGCGAUAUGAAUACGAAGAUCCCACGUUUAUAAGAUUACUGAACUUGCUCAAUGAAAACAUCCAGCUCAUUGGGAAGCCCUCGGUCAGGCUGUACAACAUGUGUCCUUCUCUGGGUUUCCUUUUUGGUGGUCGCAAGACCGUCCUGAAGAACAGGGAUGAACUGUUCGCCUUCAUACAGGCCACCUUCAUAGAGCGCCUCAAAGAACUGGAUAAUCACAGGACAUUGAUCUGGACUUUUUUGGAAGGCUUCCAGCCUACCAAGAACCAGAGCAACAGAUUUUUCCAUAAUGAAAACCUAAAAUCUGUUGUCUCAAACUUAUUUGGCGCUGGCAUGGACACCACUUCGACUACCUUGGGUUGGGGCAUAUUGCUGAUGAUGAAGUACCCUGAAAUUCAGAAGAAAGUGCAAGAUGAAAUGACAAAGGUAAUCGGGUCCGCUCAGCCACGGAUUGAGCACCGAGCAAAACUGCCCUACACGGAUGCAGUGGUCCACGAAGUCCAGAGGUUUGGUAAUAUUGCCCCUACCACUCUACCACGUGCCACCACUGCAGAUGUCACUCUUGGAGGCUACUUCAUCCCGAAGGGAACAUAUAUCCUUCCAUUGCUGUACUCUGUGCUGUAUGAUGAAUCCGAGUGGGAGAAACCCUUUAAGUUCUAUCCUGAGCACUUCCUUGAUUCCGAAGGAAAGUUUGCCAAGAGAGAUGCCUUCCUGCCUUUCUCUGCAGGUCGGAGAAUGUGUGCUGGUGAGACCCUGGCCAAAAUGGAGCUCUUCCUCUUCUUCGCGAGUCUCCUGCAGAGAUUCACUUUCCAGCCAGCCCCUGGGAUGUCGAAAGAAGACCUGGACCUGACCCCUGCGGUAGGGUUAGCUGUGUCUCCAAUGCCCUUCAGUUUCUGUGCUUUGCCACGUUCCUAACAUCCCGCCAUGCUUAGUUCCUUCUGCACACCAUCCUGCAACUAUUUGCUUAUUAUGGACAUUUGAGAUUCAACAGAACCGGACAAUCCUUUGUCACAAACCUUUGUAUUUAGUUCAAAAUAUGAACUUCACUUCUUGAAUUGUUUCCUGUACAGAAAAAAAAACAAUUCCGCCGGGAACUGGUUGAGGCAGCAGAAGUCCUUAUUCCAUCUGCUUAGCGUCCCUUCCUUUCUGUGAUGCUAACUUAUUUUAUUAUUACAUCCUUGGGUCUAUAGCUGAUUUAUAGAAUGUGCCCAAUGGAAACCGCUGCCACCUAUGGUAUAUAUAAUCAUCAUCAUCAAAGUUUAUUACAGUCUCACGACCAGAAUACAGUAUAAACAUAAUAUGAAAGAAUAAAAACAGACAUAGACAUACUAAAAUAGAGAUCGAAAUUUGAGAACUUUUAAAAUGCAAUUCCCGCAGUCUAAGAAUUAAUGCACAAAACUCGGCAACUGAAUGCGUAAUCUCUGAAUUCUUAUCUGAUAAGAAGCAAUUAAGUUUUGCUUUGUUUGUAUUAAUAUAAAAAGGUGUCUAAUGGAUUAAUUGUUCUAAAACAAGCCUCCCUAUAAUAUGAGCAACUGGGAAAAAAAAUGCUCUACAGAUUCAGCUUCACUUAGAGAGCAUGAGCAUAGCCUUUCAGAAUAGGGGGUUUUAUUGUACCUGCCUUGCAUAACUGCAGAUGGAAGGGCAGAACAUCUAGCUAGAGAAAACGCCCUUCUAAAAUUUCUUCUUUCCAAUGAAGUCAGAUAUGACUUCAUAUCAUAUCAAAUAUCAAAAGCUCAGUAGUGCUUUUGAUAUUUAACACCCCAAGGUGGUACAUAUACUGUUUUCUUUUGUAAGUUUUAAUUGUUUUAACCUUUGUUAUUAAAUUGUUUUAACUUUUGUUGUUAUUCGCCCUGAGCCCGUUCACAGGAAAGGGCAGAAUAUGUUAACAUAAACAAACAAUAAAUUUUUCUGCGUCUGA